UGGACAGGGGGGAAUAAAAAAAAAAAAAAAACACGGAUUAAUGCGCUGUCAAGCCCCAUCGCUGUCCUGUCACUGGAAUGAAACUGAAACGUUAUCAUCAUGAUUAUAUGUGGACUCCGGACGCACAUGCUGAAUUCUGACCCGACUUAUCCUACCAGAGCAAGUUCUUCAACAUGCUUUCUCAUUCUCCUGUGGAGUAACCGAGACUGGUGAAGAGAAAGGAGCUUCAGCCUAUUAUUUAUUAGUGUGGAUUUAUCGUAGGGUUCCUUUUAAAUAACGCAUUUCAAUUUGGAUUAAACGUUUUCUUCGGUUUUGUAUCCAUAAUAUGGACGCUCGCAGCCUGCAGUCCGAAGGGGGCAAGUGUGAGAAUGCUAUACAUCAUGGCUGACCAUCUGGACUACACUUUGUACAGAAAUACCUCUACAUCCUAGCUUCUUACCAUAUAAAACCCUAUAAACUGCCAACCAAGGGAAUAUAACCUCUGUAUCACGCCAUUUUUGCAUCUCUUCGCCUCACUGCUUUCAAACCAAUGCUACAUUAUUUAUAUCAUGGGAUGCAUGAAAUCCAAGCACCGCGACCCUACUCAGAAUUCCGGCUCAACGGAGAAAGUGGAUGGCAAGUCAGGAAAGCAAGGAGAGAAAGCCGUUCUAGUUUUCUCAGAGAUCGGCUCCAUGGAGGACCCAGUGCUGGUCAAUCCGGUGUUGGUGGACUAUGCCCAGAGACUCUCAGAGGAAAUUGUGGCCCGGGCAGUACAACAAUGGGCGGAGGUGGACAGCCGGUACAGUGACAUCCCCUACAUUGAGUGUGAUGUGCCAUAAGUUUUUAACUGUGUGGAAUAAGAAUGGAUUGGUCUAGCUCACACCUCUCCUGUAUGUAAAGGAGAGCUUUCAGACCGACAAAUGAAGGCCAGUGGAUAAUCAUGUCAUUUCGGAAAGAUGUUCUUUGGCUCUCUGAAAAUCUCUUUAGGAUUCACAUGAAAUAUUCAGCCAUAUUUUUUGUUUUCUUAACAACUGACCAUGGAGCUGUUAUAAUACAAGACAUUAUCUUUUUAUGUCUUUUGUUU